AGUCAGCGGGCGGCCGGGAGAAGCAUCCCUGCCCCCGCUCCCGCCGCCCCCCGCCCGCAGGUGCAGGGGGCUGGCACUUGGCGGGGGAACUGGAAAGAGCUGGUUCCAGUUUGCACUUUAGCUCCGGGCGGGGAGGAGGGAGCCGGGGGCCGAUGGCGGGGUGGCUGCGGCCGCUGGCCGGGACCCUGCUCCUGCUCGAGGUAGCGGCUGCCGUCAGCUUCCUGCACCACCGCUACGAGGAGAUGGUGCGGGCUCUAUUUCGCGUGCAGAGCGAGUGUCCGUACGUCACCCGCAUCUACAGCAUCGGACGCAGCGUCGAGGGCCGCCACCUAUACGUGCUGGAGUUCAGCGACUACCCCGGCAUCCACGAACCCCUGGAGCCGGAAUUCAAGUACGUGGGGAACAUGCAUGGGAACGAGGUGCUGGGCCGUGAACUGCUGCUGCAGCUCUCAGAGUUCCUAUGUGAGGAGUACCGGCGGGGCAGUGAGCGGGUCAUCCGACUGCUGCACGACACGCGCAUCCACAUCAUGCCUUCCAUGAACCCCGAUGGGUACGAAGUGGCUGCCAACCAGGGCCCAGAUGGCAUUGGGUACUUGACGGGGAGAAACAAUGCCAAUGGGGUGGACUUGAACCGCAACUUCCCUGACCUCAACACGUUCAUGUACUACAGUGGGGAAAUCAGCGGGCCCAACCAUCACAUCCCACUGCCCGACAACUGGAAGAGCCAGGUGGAGCCUGAGACAUUAGCUGUGAUUCAGUGGAUUGGCAGCUACAACUUUGUGCUAUCGGCCAACCUGCACGGCGGUGCAGUGGUGGCCAAUUAUCCCUAUGAUAAGUCUCAAGACCAGCGGUUCCGGAGCCACCGGCGCACGGCCAACACACCCACCCCUGAUGAUAAGUUGUUCCAGAAGCUAGCCAAGACAUACUCAUAUGCCCAUGGCUGGAUGCACCGCGGCUGGAACUGUGGGGACUACUUUGUUGAUGGCAUCACCAACGGGGCGUCCUGGUACUCGCUCAGCAAAGGCAUGCAAGACUUCAAUUACCUCUACACCAAUUGCUUUGAGAUCACCCUGGAGCUGAGCUGCAAUAAAUUCCCCCCCAAGGAGGACCUGGAGCGGCAGUGGAUGGCCAACCGGGAGGCACUUGUUGCCUUCAUUGAAGAGAUUCACCAGGGCAUCAAAGGGAUGGUUACAGACGAGAACAACAAUGGCAUUGCAGGAGCAGUGAUUUCUGUCCAGGGAAUCAGUCAUGACGUCACCUCUGGAGAGAUGGGGGAUUAUUUCCGGCUGCUGCUGCCUGGCACUUAUACCAUCACAGCCUCAGCAGAGGGCUACCAGCCUCAAACGGUGACAGCUACCGUGGGCCCAGCUGCACCUUCACUGGUGCAUUUCCAGCUCAAACAAGAUGUGGUGAAGAAGGCCCCAGAGCGGAAAGCUUCAGGCACACGCACGAACAACAAAACCCUUCAGAAGAAGGUAGUGCCCAGAGCUGUGCGCCGGGGGACCCAGAGAUGAGGACGACAGAUUUGUCUGAGAGCAGAGGGAGGGAAGCCCUUGUACAGGGCCUGGCUGAAGACUCCAGCCAGUGAACUUUCCAUCAAUCCAUUAAACUAGCCCGAGUUACUAGGUUAUUAAAUAAGGAAAUAUUUAA